GGUGGCCAUUAUGGUAAUGCACUACAAGCAGCUGCAAAAAACGGAAAUGAAUCGGUUGUGGGACUUCUCCUCGAGCGUGGGGCAGAUGUGAAUGCUCAGGGUGGCUCGAAUGGCAACGCACUACGAGCAGCGCAAAACUUUGGCCGUGAAUCGAUUGUG